GACACCCAACAUACGGGCCGGCGCCUUUCCCACUCUGAGCGGCUAAGCGACACCUACUUCCUAAAUACAAGCCCAGAACCUCUGUUCUAAGAAAAUAGACAAGACUGAAGAGGAACCAUGAGCAUCCUUUUGUUCCUAUUGAGUGGAGCGGUGUUUGCCUUCAUAUGUUUCUUCUGGAAAAACCGAUUUCAUAUAAAGAGAAACACUGGUGAAAUGUCAUCAAAUUCGACUGCUCUUGCAUUAGUAAAAAGAACUACUAUUAGCUCGUCUAGCAGCAGUACAGAUAGUCCUUCAGUCUACAACCUUUCUCAGGAUAUCUUAAACCGUUUUCCACAAUCAAUGGCCUUACGCAAGCGAAUAUUGGUAAACCUCAGGGUCAUGCAACACCACCUGACUGAAUUGGAGCAACUUUUAAUCCUCAAGGGCUUAAAUGGUGAAUUGGUUAACCCGAAAUCCACUAAAACUGUCGCAAGGGACAAUGAAAGUACAGGCAAUCAAUAAACACACUUUGAGU